UAUCCAGUCUUGACAAAGAUAGGAUUCGAACUUUCAUGACAGAAAUAGCUCGAGCCUUCUUCUUAAGUCCCAGCAUUGAGGAUGAUGGCGUACAACUGGGUGCACUAACCUUUAAUGAAGGAACCCAACAUGUUGUAUAUCUAUCAGACGUGGACAACCCUGAUAAGGUUAUAAAGCGUAUGGAGUCAAUGAAUCUUACUGAAGUUGGAUGUAGAACCCAUACAUUUGCAGCUUUGGAGAGAAUGGAGAACGAGUAUUUUACUCCGGAGAAAGGAGAUCGUCCUGACGCUAUCAAUAAGGUCAUUGUGUUGUCAGAUGGAGUAACUAAACCUAGUAGCAAGGAGAGUAACACAUUUAACAAUGCGGAUUCUCUAAGAGCCACCGGUGCAGAAAUUGUGGUUGUCGGUCUACCUCAGGGUUGUCCUCCGGAUAAACCUAAAUGUGUAGAAAAGGUAAUUGGACAAGAUGAAUGGAUGGCUAUUUCUGGAGCUGAUGAGGAUCCAAACCUGUUGCUCAACAUAUUAAACACAGACUUCACCAAACUCAGAGAAACAAUUAUAAAUAUUGGAAAUAAGGUCUGUGGUCCUGGAAGUGUUAAAAUAAAUUAAAUAGGACAAAUUAUUUUGUUGGAAUCAAAACAUG